CAUGCACAAACGUCCAAAACAGAUAAGCCUACAUCGUGAUGAAUAUUGCCGCCGUGUCACAAAACAGCACACCCAAAGAGGCUUUUUAUUUUGCCUCCUCAAUUUUGUGGCGCUUUUGAAGCGAGUCGAAAAAACGCUUUGAUGAACUUGCUAAAAUACCCUCGAGCUUGUUUUUUUUUUUUUAGUUGUUGCUGCUUUUGAGCAUUUUAAACGCUCACAGCUUUCACGUGGCAAAGAAUAUGCUCGUUGAAAUGUUUUGAUUUCGCUGUCUUCGUAAUGAUUCAGGUGUAAUUGUUAACAUUGCUCUUGCUGUCACUUAUUAGAGGUCAAAUUCAGAGGCAAAAAAGACAACGUGAGAUCACCUCAAAAUAGCAAAAUAACAGGAGGGAAGAUGGUUCUGUUUGCUCCCCCUUCCAUCAUUAAGCCACAGGAUGGAGAAUCAAAUUAGACCUGGCGCUAAAGAUAACGCAACACUGACAUUAUAGACUGCCAAAGAAGGUGAUGCGGGGUUGCCAUGGGAACAACAAAUGCUACUGUCUUUGUGGCAGGCAUGUCCAAACAUUUACUGAGAACUCAAAGGAUGCGGCGGCCUGUGUGAUAUGUUUUCAUUUGUAAACAGGCUGAAAUGAAUCCACCAUGAAUAUGCAAAGAUGAUUUAUUUUGACUUAUUAAUGGUAUUUCAUUUAUUUUUUAUUGUAUUGUAUUUUUUUGUAUUGUAUUAUUCCCUUUAUGUCAUUGUGGAACCGCUACCGUGCUACGCCUUCUGUGGAUUUUCUGUGAAUUUUAUAUUAUGCGAAUAGAAUGACAAAGAUUUCAAUUUUGAACCUUGCAAAAAAAAUUUCUCUUUACAGUGUUCCCUCGUUUAUCGCCGGAGAUAGGUUCCCAAAAUAACCUGCGAUAAGUGAAAUCCGCAAAGUAGCCAACUUAAUGUUUUUACAAUGAUUAUAUAUGUUUUAAAGCUAUAAAACCCCUCACCAUCCACUUUAUACACUUUUCCCAGACAGGCAUGAACAUUUUAUCACAUUUCUCUCUUGUUUAAACACUCUCAAAAUUGAAAUUUUCUUUAAUUUUAAUGAUCAACCUACUAGGUUGGACACAAGAAAUUAAGUGACUCACACGUAUUUCACUCCCUGACCGCGCCUCCUGGCACCGUUCAGCUGUAGCGUUUUUGUGUCCUUGUUAAAACAUAUCACUCCUGUCAUCAUAUAUCAUAUUUUACUCCUUCUUAUCGUCCUCUAUGAACUGAAGAUUCAUUUACAGUAUUCCGUUAUGGCGCCGUACACCGCAGAAUUUCUACCUUCCUUCAGCAUGUCUAGAAGUCCGACUUUUUUGUGGCUUCCCCUGCUAUUUGGGGACAGAACGUUUCGUCGACAUUGUGGGUUUUGUCAGGGACAAAACCACACAGCAUUCAGAGUCACAGGUUAGCUUCUUUUGUUUCUUCUAUUGUUUUCAAUAUUGGCGGUUAGCAAGCAGCUCACAUGGUUAGCAAGUUUGCUCGCCAUGACCACAAAAAGAGACGCCACAAAGGAGAUUGAAUGACAAUGGUCUACAACCAAUGAGGACGCAGAAGACAAUGGGCGGUACACAGAGAAGAAAGGGAAGAGCAAUUUUUUUAGUGUUUAUUGAGGAGUAUUUUUUAGGGCUCUCAAUUGAUUACAUUAUUUAAUCGUGAUUGAUCAAAUUUUGUCCAUAGUUAACUUAUAAUUAAUGACAGAUAGAAAUACAUUUUUUAAUCUAUAAUAAGUAGGGAUGCCAAUUUCUUGGUAAACGAUUCAAUAACUACCGUAUUUUCACAUAAGGCGCACCGUAUUAAAAGGCGCAGUCUCAGUUACAGGUGCUAUUUCUGUAUUUAACAUGUACAUAAGGUGCACCGUAUUAUUGGCCGCAGGUAUGCACGCUAAAACAGACCGUGUCGCUCAGAAGUCAGUGAGGAAGCGACAGUGCUUUAUUUCUUUGGACACAUUAAGAGCAGAAAUCUCAUUCAUUUUAUCAAAACCACUUGAAAUCAGGAUGGUCAUCAUUCAACACAACAGUCUCAGUCAUGGUGCACAACUAAAAACAUCACACAGCAACGCAAAAACAGACAAGACACUACCGCUAUUUGUGCAGAACAAUAACUAACAACUAUGUAGCUCAUACAUGUAACUUUAAGAGCAUUUGCACCAAAACACUACGCAAAGCACGCUGGGGAACAGGAAGUGCUCCCAGCGACGCUAUAAUACGCUAGCAUGCAUGCUAUCGUAUGUUUUUAAAAAGGCAGCGGGAGCAAAACUGAGUUGGGUUGUACUUUAUUGAAGUAUUUAACAAUGUACUCACGUUAUUUUUGAUCAAUCCUCAUCCACAAAUCCAUUAAAGUCCUCAUCUUCUGUAUCCCAAAUAAAUAGUGGGGCAAGUUCUCCAUCAAACACGCCAGGUUCCCUCUCGUCAUUGUCAGUCAGAGUCGGUCUUGUUGCCGUGCGGCACUUCAGAAAUGAUGCCGGUUUUUGUGAAAGCUCGAACAACACUGCAUCAGAAGCACUGCCUCCGAGUCUUAGUGAAGCUUUGUUUGCUAGCUGUCAUCCAUCGCUCCCACGCCGCUAGCAAAUUCACUUUAAACGGCGUGUUUACACUGAUGUCCAGCGGUUGGAGUUCCUUCGUCAAGCCUCCUGGAAUGAUGGCAAGCUCCGAGUUAAUUUGCUGCACUUGGUUUUUCACAGCGGCUGUGAAUUGGGCGCGCAUGGAGUCAGAUCAACAAGGACGGUGACACGUGUGAAAAAAACAUCCGGUCUCUUUCCGUACAUGUCACUCAGUCACUCAGCCAUUUUCUCCUCGUCCUUCCAGCCCCUUUGAUUGGUCCGGCUGGAAACUUUUCUUUAGGCAACGUCUUCCUCUUAAAAAUCACCACAGAUGGCAGUUUCCGUCCAUUACUAUGGCAACCAAGCACAACAGUAAAAGCCGACUUCUCAUGUCCCGUUGUGUGUAUCGCUACCUUCUCUCCUCUACAGUGUGGUUCACCGGGAUGUCGAAAGUGAGCAGCAUGUCGUCCAUGUUGGUGAUGUAGUUGGGCUGGAUGUGUUUUUCUGCAAUGUUUUUACUGCAGCAGGAGUGGAAGAUGGCCAGCUUUCCUUGUAAUCCGCUGGAUGUUGCUGUGCCACGGUAAUCCUUGUCCGGAUGGAUAGAUGGCGCGUUUCAUAAAAUAUACUUAUGUAACUACUGGGGGCGUGCGUCCUCAGUCACGUCCACCUUUCCUGUAUAUAAGCAGCGUGUCGGCAGGAGACGCUCUAAGUCAGUCGAGUGGCGCGCUCAUAAAAGUCACACAGCAACACUCACAGAUUUUCGAACUCGGUACACACAUAAGGCGCACCACAUUAUAAGGCGCCCCGUCCAUUUUGGACAAAAUGUAAGACUUUUAAGUGCAUCUUAAGGUCGUGAAAAUACGGUACAUUAAAAAUAAAAAUAAUGUAAAGGGAUAUCAAUUUUGGAAAUACGGGCCAUUAUUUUAUUCAAAAAAUAAUAUAGAGUUAGAAAUCCCCCAGUUUUUGCAUGUUUAAUGCGAGCAUCAAUUUGUCCCACUUAGUUUGACAGUCCUUGAACGCACCCUCUAUCUUUCUCCCACGCUGCACACUGCAUUCCCACUGUAUUUCUUUCACCUCAUAUUUGCUCCCAAAUUCUGAUACUAUGUGGGAAUGCAUAAUAAAUGGGAAUGCAUAAUAAAUAAGAUCAAUGAGAUGGCUAUACUGUACGUAUACUGUACGUAUGUUUUGCUGAUGUGUUGAAAAUUUGCCCUGGUGACUAGCUAGUGUGCUGCUACACAUCCGUUCUGGUCUUGAGCCAUGGUCACAUUGACACAAGCCUCCAAAUAGCUGUCCUCGGCUACGCCUGUCAGUAAAUAGCGGCUCAUAACCCUCAUUUUAGCUCGCAGUUCAAAGCAAAAAAUCAGCUGAGAGAAGCCUUGCAUCUCGUUAGUGGGGGCACUCAUAUGCCAAGAUACCACUGCAUAAAUGACAAUACAGCAAGUACCUGCAAUGCUCCAGUAACUUCUCGCUUCUCUCUGACAGGCGACGUACACCGUGACAACUCAAAUCACAGCGACGGCAGAUACAAAUGACUUUGGUCUUGUUGCGAGAGCCAUCUGCCAGGGCUUUGAAGCUAAACUUACCAAUGAAAAUACCCUUUUCUUUCUCCAUUUCUGCUCAAUAUUUGCUCCCGCCUGUGGCUCCGCUGCUUUUCCUCAAACUGCGGUGUGGGCCGAGGGUCAAACAGGAUGUGUGCACGUUAAUCGCGUGUCAAAAAAAAUUGUCCCGUUGAUGGAAACAUCCGUGAACACGUUAACUAUGACAGCCCUAGAAUUUUUUUUUAAUGUGGCGUGACCAAUAAAAACUGUGCCGCUGUCCAAGUAAUUAUGAUAUUGUUAUUUUAAGGCCAAAUUCCAACCCAGGCCAAUCCAACUUUAUCUGUAAAGCACUUUGAAACAACCAGUGCUGUACAGAAUAAUAAAUAAAAGACAUAGUAAAUAAGAUGGAUAAAAGUAACAGCCAAAAUAAAAUACAGUAAAAACAGAAACAGUUAAAUGAGUCAAAAUAGUAUUACUACAAUUAUAGGCGUGAAAAGAUACUACCCUAUAAAUCUUAACAAGUACAGUACUUAUCUCAUGAAUAUGGUGUCAUUUAGUUGCUAUGGAAACAUCAGACACGCACAGCACACAUCCACACUGUUCCUCCUUGACCAGUUAAUCCGAGACAUCCUGAACGUGAGCGAGAUGACCCUGAGGAGCCCCACCCCUUCCAGCGUGGGAAAGUUCCGCGCCCUGCGUUGCAGCAUCGAAGCGGUGGACCACGGCGGCCCAGAGUCUCGCGCUGUGGCGUCUCUGCUGCGGGACAGCGCCGUGCAGAUACAUCAGGUGCUGCGAGUCAGCAGAGCCGUGGAGCUUCAGACUUUUAAAGGCCAGCUCGGCAACAUCAAGUCCCUCCUCCACUCCUCCAGUGCCAGUAACUUUGUCGGAAUUCUGUCAAGGGGUCUGCUGCUGCCUUAUGUUGGAGUGGAGCACCACGGCAUUGACAGAACAGACGCUGGCAGCCUUGGAAGUGGUAUCUACUUCAGCGAUAGCAUGAGCACUUGUCUCAAGUACGCCAAGCCCAGCGCCACAGACGGCUCUCGGCUGCUCAUGGUGUGCGACGUGGCCCUGGGGGAUUGCAUGGAGCUCCACCGGAAAGACCCCACACUGACUCGGGCCCCCGAGGGACACGACAGUGUGCGUGCCGUCCGCCGCACUUCCUUCAUUCAGUCAGAGUUUGAGGAUGAUGAGUACGUGGUGUACAGGCCUGAGCAGGUCCAGCUGAGAUAUGUGGUACGCUUCAGCGUGGAUGGAGACCAAGUGAAGGGGUUCAGUCCCGCUAUCGACACGUCGACUGAGACUCGCCUGCUCCCGACUGUCUCAGAGGUGCUUGGUUCUAAUGUUGGGAUAGAAGGCAUGCGGAACCCACUGGAGGAUGUGACUGCAGGACUGCUGGACAGCUCGGGGCAGCAGCUCCCCCUGCAGGCCGUCCAUGUGAAGUGCAAAUUGGUGGAUCUGCUCUCCCAGGUGAUUAUCUUCCAAAAGUACACCAAUCACAGCACGGCGCCCAUUGAGGCAAAGUAUGUCUUCCCGUUGGAGGACUCGGCAGCAGUGUGUGCCUUUGAAGCCUUCAUCAAUGGGAAGCAUGUGGUGGCACAGGUGAAGGAGAAAGAGCAGGCUCGCAGGGAGUACAAGCAGGCCAUCGAGAAGGGUCACGGAGCCUACCUCAUGGACCAGGACGCUCCUGACGUCUUCACCAUCAGUGUAGGAAACCUGCCGGCGGGUGCCACCGUGCUCAUUAAAGUGACCUUUGUGUCCGAGCUCAUCGUCAAGGACGGCGCCGUGCUCUUCUCCCUGCCCGGGAGUGUUGCGCCGUGGCGGGAAAGUGCAGCGCUCAAUCAGACCACACAGGUGACUGUGGACAAAGUGUGUGUAACUGAUGAAUCAGCAAGUACAAGGGAGUUCAGCCUGGACAUGUCCAUUGAGAUGCCUAAUGAGAUUGGCAGCCUGUCUUGCAUCACGCACAAAGUCAAGAUGAAGAGGACCGACUGCAGGGCGGUGGUGAGCGUGCUGCCGGGGCAAGUCAUGGGUCCGGAUGGCUUCCAGCUGUCAAUCACUCUGUCUGAGGUUCAUCUGCCCAGGAUGUGGGUGGAAAAACACCCUGACAAGGACAGCCAGGCUUGCAUGCUAGUUUUCUACCCAAACUUUGAUGUCAAACCCAGCUCCAGAUCUGAUGAAGUUGUCAUUUUGCUGGACACGUCCGAAUCCAUGCGGGGAGAACCCUUACGCUGGUCCCGGGUGAUCGCCCUGCACAUCAUCAAAACCCUCCAGCUUAACUUCAAAGUCAACAUCGUCUUGUUUAACACCGAUUACACGCAAGCUUUCGUGACAGCACUGCCGCUCCACGAAGCUCGACAGGCAGCAGAGGAGUUCAUCCAUGCUGUCUUGCCAGUGGGGGGCAGCACUGAGCUUUGGCGGCCCCUGCGAGCGCUCAGCCUGCUGCCUCCGUCGCGCGGCAUCCGCAACCUGCUCCUGCUGUCUGACGGCCACCUCCAAGAUGCGCAGGUCACCUUGCAGCUGCUCAGGGACAACGUGCAACACAGCCGCCUCUUCACGUGCGGCCUCAGCCCGACAGCCAAUCAGCACAUGCUGAGAGCCCUGGCUCAGGCCGGGGGCGGAGCCUAUGAAUAUUUUGACACCAAAAGCAAGCACAAGUGGACGGAGAAGGUGGCGUGCCAGUUGCGGCGCAUGGCGUCUCCUGGCUGCAGGUCCGUGUCGGUGAAGUGGCAUCAGUUCAGCUUGUCGGCGCCCCCUCCUGUGCAAGCUCCCAAACAGCUCCACGCACUCUUCAACGACUGCCACACGCUGGUCUAUGGCUUUGUGCCGCACUGCACACAGGCCACCCUGCUGGGCGAGCUGAGCGGCCAGGAGCUGAGAACCGUGGUGUCAACUAGCGAACUGCAGACGACCAGUGGCACGUUUCUUCACAAGCUGACAGCGAGGGCUCUCAUCAGAGACUACGAGGACGGCAGCUUGGAUUGCAACCAAGUCGAACAUGAGGGGAAGAAAACCCAGCUGAAAUCUUUCAUCGUUGACUUAAGCAAGGAGUACUCCAUUCUGUCUCAGUUCACCAGCUUUGUGGCCGUUGAAGAAAGGGAACCGGGUCAAGCAGAGAAGGCCUUCACAGACAUCCCCAAGUUGUUGGCCGAAGAAGACGUGGACUUUCUGCCCUACAUCAGCUGGACGUCUCAUCAGAGCAGCGUGGAAGAGGAAGAAAAGGAUAGCGACGGUUCACAGUCUGGAUCAGACGCUCUCGUUUGCGAGUUGUCUCCCCAGUAUGAACCCACGAGCCCCUCUUCUUCUCUGUCAUCCCCACAAAUGUCGCCAGUCUAUUCACUGACGGCUCGUAGGAGGUUGAAGAGGGCUGCGAUGGAGAGAGAGGCAGCUGUUGUGAUGAUGGAUGCGGAGUCCAGCGGGACAGAGACGGAGGAGGAGGAGGGCGAGGAAGCCGCUGUCCUGAUGAAGCAGGCGGAGUUCAUCGAGAUGGAGGAGGAGGCCGCCGUCCCGAUGGAGUACAUGGAGUCCAGGGAGACGGAGGAGGCCCCCGUCCUGACGAAGGAUGCAGAGUCCAAAGCGACGGAGGAGGAUGAGGAGGAUGCCAUAAUGGGCUUUGGAUUGUUUGACGACGAAGUAGCCCUCCCUGAAGCUUCAUUUUCCAGCGGAAGAACCAGGCACAGUAGCCUUGGUGGAUCAUUUGAUCUUGCUUCUCAUCCUCUUCCUCCUCCUGGAACCACAGAUCCAAAUGCAAAAAUAUUUCCUAAAUGUUUUGGCUUACCAAGUGCAAGUAUCCAGCAUGAUGGGUCAUCGGAUGCCUCUCCUCUUCUGCGUGGAACUCAAGAAGCUAACCAGUUUCAAUUCGGUAUGCCCCCUAAACCCCAACCCAUCCACCCAUCCCGUGACUCUCCUCCACUGCCUCCUCCUCUUCUUUGCGGAGUCCAUUCAUCCUCAGAUGCUCUUUCAGGACCUCCUCUGGCUCCUUUUCGUCGUAAAGCCAGACAUCCAAAUGUUAACCGACUUCAAUUUGGCAUACCACCUGUCCAUCCGUCCUUUGAUGCUCCUCCACUUCCUCCUCCUCCUCCUCCUCCUCCUCCUCCUCCUCCUGGAGCCACAGAUCCAAAUGUCAAGGAAUUACUUUUAAAUCUCGGAUCAGUUCCGCCCCCUCCGCUGCCACUUGGCCAUGGAACCCUGCAAGGUCUGUCUGUGACUCCCGACCGUUAUGAAAAAGCAAAAGAAACCAGCAUCCAGCACAGUCAGUGGGCUCCUCCAUGUGUGGAAGUCAUGGAAGCAAAUGUAAAGCUCCAACAGCAGCAAGUGGGAAAAGUUGAAGAGACGUAUGAGUGGUUUGGUGGCUUUCUUGUCGGACAAGCAUCGGCCGGUGUAUCGACUCCGAUGACUGGCGCACUUUUUGGAAGCAAAGCACCUUCAAGCCAAGGUUUUGGUUUUGGUUUUGGGGGUUCUUAUAAUGUGUUGUACAGUGCACCAUUCACAUGUAGUUCACAAGCAGGACUUGCUCAGCAGCUCAGCAGCCAAAAAAGCCAGUCUCAGUUCCAGUCUUCAGACCAAUCUGCUGAAAACGAGUCAUCGGCAGGUUUUUCUUUUGGGGGCCGAACUGCGAUCAAAUCCCCACCCUUUUUGUGGAGAACAGCGGCCGGCUCUGCAACGUCUGUGCCAAGACCCGGAGCUGUCCUCAGUCAGAUGCCGUGGAAAGGGGUGUCAGCAGGUGGCCAGAAUCUGUUGAAAUGGACAAAGAUCUUCGAGAUGCAGAUUUCAGACGGCUACUGGGAGCUGACCGCAGAGCUGGGCAGGUGCAUUGACGUCGACCUCGACGUCCUUGCCAAUGAGUUCCUCACAAGCAAAGGCAUCCGCUCUCUCGGUGUGAAAGCCCACGCUGACAUCCUGAGGCUGCUGGCGACUCUUGUGGUCCUGCAGCUGAUGAGGUUGGAGAAGCUGCCGGAAGGCCAGCUGCUGCGUACGCUGUUCGCUUUCGAGGAACCUCCGAUCAGAAGCAGGCCGGCCCGCUGGCAGAUCGUCAAGAAUGCGGUGGACUGGGUCCGCUGGGCCGACCGCCAGUACCCCUGCGUCUGCAGCCGGCUUGAGAUGGGUUCGACCUGGGAGUCCGUCACCCGCCAGCUCCUGGGCUACGAGGUCUUGCCCGCCUUGUCGCCUCUUGCUGGCCUGAACCUGAGGAGGAACACGUCCGCCGCAUGUCCCCCUGUGGUCGUCCAGUGAGGACACCCGGCAGCAUGGCAGGAAAGAAGGACGGGUCGCAACAUUAGGUACACAAGCUGAAGCGAUUCCACACGACAGUAUUUAUAUACUUUUUGGUAUUCAGUGUUCCCUGGUUUAUCGCGGGGGAUAGGUUCCCAAAAUAACCUGCAGUAAGUGAAAUCCGCAAAGUAGCCAACUUUAUUUUUUUUUCAAUGAUUCUACAUGUUUUAAGGCUGUAAAACACCUCACCAUACACUUGAUACACUUUUCUCAGACAGACAUGAACAUUUUCCUGCAUUUCUCUCUUGUUUAAACACUCUCAAAGUCCAAACCUUGGUUUGAAUUUUAAUGAUCAACCUACUAGGUUGGACACAAGAAAUUAUUAAUAGUGACUCACACGUAUUUCACUCUUCUGGUCGUGCCUCUUCAUCAUCCUGGCGCCGUUCUGCUCUACUGUAGCGUUUUUGUAUUAUUGUCAAAACAUAUUGUUCCUCUCGUCGUACUUUCCUCCUUCCUUCCUCCUUUCAUAAUAGCACCCUGCAGCCGCAACUGCUUCCUCUUCUGCCUUUUGGGUCCGACCGCAGGUACCUUUGACGGUGCAGAACAUUUUGGAAACAGCAAGUCGGCGAAAGGUGAACCGUGAUGUAGCGAGGGAACACUGCAGUACUGAAUCUCGUUGGGUCGGCGCUUCUCAGCUGAAAUUUUUGAAGUCACGUUUCUCACAAUGUUUUUUUCCAUGUCCUUCCCCUCCCGCUCAAGCUUGACAUAUAUAUAUAGAUAUAUAUAUAUAUAUAUAUAUAUAUAUAUAUAUAUAUAUAUAUGUGUGUGUGUGUAUAUAUACACUGCUCAAAAUAAUUAAAGGAACCUGGACCAGGGCAUCACUGCGGUACCUGGACGCAUGGACGAGAUUCCAGGAGACAGGUAGUUACUCCAGGAGAGCUGGACAGGGCCAUAGAAGGUCCUUCAACCCUCAGCAGGAUCGGUAUCUGCUCCUUUGUGCAAGGAGGAACAGGAUGAGCACUGCCAGAGCCCUACAAAAUGACCUCCAGCAGGCCACUGGUGUGAAUGUUUCUGACCACCAAUCAGAAACAGGCUCCAUGAGGGUGGCCUGAGGGCCCGACAUCCUGUAGUGGGCGCUGUGCUCACUGCCCAGCACCGUAAAGCUCGAUUGGCAUUUGCCAUAGACCAACAGAAUUGGCAACUACACCACUGGUGCCCUGUGCUCUUCACUGAUGAGAGCAAGUUCAACCUGAGCACAUGUGACAGACGUGAAAGGGUCUGGAGAUGCCGUGGAGAACGUUAUGCUGCCUGCAACAUCAUUCAGCAUGACCGCUUUGGUGGUGGGUCAGUGAUGGUCUGGGGAGGCAUAUCCCUGGAAGGACGCACAGACCUCUACAGGUUAGAUAACGGCACCCUGACUGCUAUUAGGUACCGGGAUGAAAUCCUUGGACCCAUUGUCAGAACCUACGCUGGUGCAGUGGGACCUGGGUUCCUCCUGGUCCACGACAAUGCCCGACCUCAUGUGGCUAGUGUAUGCAGGUAGUUCCUGGAGGAUGUCCAGGAGCUCAUUGAUGCCCUGGUCCAGAUCUGGGAGGAGAUCCCCCAGGACACCAUCCGUCGUCUCAUUAGGAGCAUGCCCCGACGCUGUCAGGCAUGCGUACAAGCACGUGGGGGCCACACAAACUACUGAGAAUCAUUUUGAGUUGCUACAAUGACAUUUUAGCAAAAUGGACCAGUGUGCUGCAUCAUUUUUUCACUUUCAUUUUUGGGGUGUCUUUGAUUUCCCCCUCUAUAGGGUGAUCAUUUUCAUUUCUAUCAAAUGAUGUGGCAUCAUUUUGUUACUAAUACAUCACCCACUUAUUAUCAGGAAAGAUAUUCAAGAUCAUUUUCCCCCAGUUUAGAUCUGAUGUGUUUUCCAAGCGUUCCUUUCAUUUUUUUAAGCAGUAUAUAAAGAUGCCCUUUAAUAACUAACACACGGGUGUCCAAAGUGCAGCCCGCUGCGGUUUUUAUUGGCCCACGCCACAUUAUAAAUGUCUAAUUUAACAAGAAAACUUUAAAAAAAACCCCACAACAACAACAAAAAUGGAAAAAGCAACAGUAAUUUUACAAGAAUAAAGUCAAAAUAUUAAGAGACAAAAGUUGGAGUAUAAUGAGAAAAGGUCAUAAUAUGAUGAGAAUAAAAUGACAUCAUUUUAGCAGCAAAAGGUUGCAAUAUUAAAGUCGUAAUAUUAUGAGAACCAAACAAAACAAUGAACUCAGUUGUAAUUUGUGGAAAAUUUGGUUGCAGAAAAAGAUGUAAUGUUGUAAUGUAAGAAGAAAGUCAAAAUAUGAGGGCAAUGACGUAAUUACAAGAAUAACAUUUACAAAAGGAAAGUUUAAAUCGUUAAAUUAGUUGAAAUUUAAAAAAAAAGUGAAGUUAAAAAACGACAACAGAAAUGUAAAAACAGCAGUAAUGUUUUCAGAAUAAAGUGAAAAUACUCAGAGAUGAAAGUUGCAAUUUUAUGACAAUAACUUGCAAUAUUAGGAGGAAAAAUGCCAUUUUAGUAGCAUAGAGUUGAAAUAUUAAAGAAAAAUGUUACUUUUUAAAAGUCAUGAUAUUAUGACAAACUAAAAAAGAAAAUAUAAAUUCAUUGUCAAAUUCAUGUCAGUCAUUUUUGGAAAAUUAGUUUGGGGAAAAAGUUAUAAUAUGGGAAUAAAGUCAAAAUAUGAGAAUGAAGUCAUAUUAUAAGAAGAAAAUGUAUGAAGAUUAUGAGGCAACAGCAGCAGGAAUGGGGGGGAAAAGAGCAAAGAGUGAAUUUGAUUGUAGUAAUUUGCUUUUUCACCGAUAUCACACCGCUGAGAUGCACUGUUUUCUUGAAAUGUAUCGAACUUCUUAGCAUAACUGCACAAAAUAGCAAAGCUGCAUCCUUUCAUUUUUCUCUGUGUGGCCCUUGUUGGAAAAAGUUAUUUGAAUGGGACGGUGACAGAUAGCCUGUAAUGCUAAAAUAUUUAGCUGGUUGAUAAUUGUACUACAAAUUAUCGUAGAGAAAUGAUAAUAUCGACUUUUUUUAGACCAUUUUUUUCGUAAAUGUUUUCAUUAAUCUUUUAUUAAGUGUCAUGUCACAUUUGAACCCCUAGAUGGUGCUCAAGUAUAGUGUACUUUAGUACGUGUAGUGCAUGCGCCUGUACAGACUCAACCUGUCUCUGUUAAGAAACAAAAACAAAACACUCCAAUAAAACCUAGACACACACACACACACACACACACAGUUAUGUAGUGUAUUGUCCAAUCAAUGUAGCGGAUCAUGUUUGUGCUGGACCACCGCUGAGUUGUGGCGCAAUAUGCAAUGUUGCUGAUAUGCCCUUCAACAUGUCUUCUUUUACGCAGUUUUAUUGCUGUUUGUGACAUGUGCGUGUACGUUCUUCCAGGCAAUUUGUACUGUCUGUCAAACAUUUCCCCAAAUGUUGGCUUUUCAACCGUAUUGAAAGGUUGCAUUUCUUUUGCAAUGUAGCGAGCGACACUGUGAUUUUGCGCUGUUUUGUUUAAUAUUUGCUCCGCCCGUCAAACGCCUCAGUAAGCAUCGACUGUCUGGACGAAAGCUGUACUGCGCAUCCACACUGGAACCGUGGCAUUUGGCUUAGAAACUAUCGCUCUUGUGCCUUUAUUCGUAUUUGCGUCUGCUUGCUCAACGCUAACUGCUAGUACUCGGUGUAGCCAUUCACUACACAGGCCCCGCCUCCAUGUACUGGGACAAAGACGCUGAGUAGCCGACAGGAGGUUCACUCUCUCCGUUCAUGCCACUAUAGAACCAAUGUGCACGCACACAUGCAGAGAGAGAGAGAGGAGCCUCUUUGUUAAAGAUUCUCUUACGAUAUCAAAUACCAACGUAUGUACAUACUCUAUUUUAUUAUCUGAAGGGGAUCAAUCAUCCAAACAUCCUGUGAUUAUCUGUUUAUUCUGGAGAAGUGGAAAAGUACUGUGAGUGGACUGAGAGAAAACGGUUGAGAUAAAGAAGCACCUGGUCUGCGAGGCAUGACCAAGGCUGUCAGGACAGGACAGCUCCAGGCAAUUCAAGGACAAAAAGCACAUUCCGCAGUCACGCGCUAAGCAGCCGCUUCCUCAACGGUCCACUCCCGGAACUACCUGUGACUAAUAUCGAAACUUAACUUACCACGUCCAUCUAUGUGUUACCAUGCCCAUCUAUGUCAAUAAAAAGAAGCAGGAGAGUGUGGCACGGAUUCUCUCUCCUUGCGCAAGAAAAUCUCAAGCCUUCCAGUCUGGGUCAUUUUGUUAAUUCACAGGUUGGGGGCAAGUUCCCCUGACACUCUUGUCAUCCAGCCUGUGUUGCACAGAGAGAUGAGGAAAUGGAACAAUAUGCACAUGUCAAUUUAUGGAGGCGUCCAAAUUAUUGACCUCGCUCUUUUCUAUUGUUCGAUUCAUCGUUUUAUCCAUUAUGGUGACAAGCCUAGCGAAGGAAAAGAAGGGCAAAAUGGGAGGGUUGACAGAAGGGAUGAGAAAGCGAUGAAGCGUUUCUUUCGUCAUGCAUUUACUGUGUAAUCAACUAGCGCUCACGAGAGGCUUGCCGCCGGAGCACACCUCCUCAACCCGGUGUGCGUGCACCGCCGUUGAAGCCUGCAUCCAGCCUUUGCCUUUAGCGGGGGGGUCUCAAACUCAGUUUACCCGGGGGCCACUGGAGGUAGUCUGGGUGAGGCUGGGCCUCAGCAAGUAUUGGGAGUAAGGCUCACGAUAACGAUCAUAUCUAUAACGAUAUCGCGUAUGCUGCAGGAAACACGUCCAACAUGUUAGCUCACUUAAAGCGGCAUCAUUCGGCAGUGAACGUUACAGCUACAAGAAAGAAUACCUUAGUUAGCUUAGUGCUAACACCGAUAACGUCGGCAUAUAAACAACCUCUAGCAAACAAAUCUGACCGGGCCAAAGCAGUAACACGUGGUAUUGGAGUUUGUAUAGCCACGAGAUUACGACCACGUUCAGUUGUUGAGAGCGCUGGCUUUAAGGACAGUCAUGGAACAAAUGAUUAGACCACCCUCGUUUCUCCAGUUUCAUUUUCAUUUUAAUGCCUGAUACAACUACAGGUACCUUUGUUUGGACAAAUAUAACAAUAACAACAAAAAAUAGCUCAUAACCGUUUGAUUUUUUGGCAGUACAAUGCUGUAGCUAUUCAUGUUAGCAAUUUGGUUAUUAUCAAGAAAAGCAUGGAAGUUGCUAGAUAUCAGCUCUUAAAUUAAACUCUUAUGAGUUAUAUUUGUUAUCAUCAUAUUUGUCCAAACAAAUGUACCUUUAGUUGUACCAGGCAUUACAAUGGAUCAAUAAACUGAGGAAACAAGGCUGGUCUAAUCAUUUUUUCCAUGACUGUACAUGAUUACAGUUCUUGUACCUCGCUACAAAAUACCAUCACGUCCUCACUUUAGCCAGAAAGUUAUACCAGCACUUUAUGAAAAAGCUAAUUAAUUGUCCAUAGGUAUGAAUGAGAGUGUGAAUGGUUGUCUGUCUAAAUGUGCCCUGCCAUUGGCUGGCGACCAGUCCAGGGUGUACCCCGCCUGUCGCCCCAAGUCAGCUGGGAUGGGCUCCAGCAUGCCCCAGCUACCCUAUUGAGGAUAAGCGGUAUAGAAAAUGGAUGGAUGGACAGAUGGUUGGACUUCACGUGCAACGGACAGAUUUAACUAACUGUCCAUUACAUUUCACUAAGUCUAAUGGGUCGCUUUUAUUUAUUUAAAAAAAUGUGUUUGCAUUUUUUAAAAUAAAAGCACUUUAAGACAUUUUUUCUGCCUUUUUUUGUGCCGAAAAUGACCCACUUCAAGAAACUGAACCGAACCAAAAUGACAUAUUAGUGUACCGUUCCACCCCUAGUAUUUACUUACCUGUUACAUGAUGUGCUGUCAUUUCGUGUGUGUGCGUUAGCACCACGAUUGUAGGCAGUGUUCUGUUUCGUGACCCCCAUUUCGCCAUGUGACUCUUAGUUCCGUGGUAGGUUAUGCUUUCACCCUGUGAGCAUCAUUGGCUUAACUUAGAGCUUGCGGGCCGCAUUUACAUUCUUUCUUACAUUCAAGAUUCAAGAGAGUUUUAUUGUCAUGUGCAUCGUAAAACAGCAGUUAUGCUAUGCAAUGAAAAUCUUAUUCUGUUCAUUCUCCCAAGAAAAGAAAAAAAACACAAAAAAUAAGAACAUAAGAAACAUAAAUACCAAUAAAUUAAGCAACAAAAACAGAAGACACAUUAAUUCAAAUAAAUAAUACAAAUAAAUAAAUAAAUAAAGUGCUAUGAGUGUGUGCGUGUGUUGCGUGCGGCGUGUGUGAGUGCUUCGUUGAGAAGCCUGAUGGCCUGUGGGUAAAAGCUGUUCGCCAGCCUUGUGGUCCUGGACUUCAAACUCCUGUAGCGUCUGCCUGACGGUAGGAGUGUGAAUAAUGAGUGCUGUGGAUGUGUGCUGUCCUUGAUGAGGUUGUGUGUUCUUCGUAGGACUCUAGUUUUAUAAAUGUCUUGCAGUGAGGGGAGGGCUGCCCCAACAAUGUUCUGUGAGGUCUUGAUCACCCGCUGGAGUGCCUUCCUAUCACGUGUUGUACAGUUACCGUACCAAACAGUGAUGGAGGCUGUAAGGACACUUUCCAUAGUGCAUCUGUAGAAGCAACUCAGGAUUGUGGUGGACAUGCCAAAUUUCCUCAGUCUUCUCAGGAAGUACAGUCUCCUUUGGGACUUCUUCAGAAUUUGUUGGGUGUUGUGAGACCAGGUGAGGUCCUCGCUGAUGUGUGUGCCAAGGAACUUGAAGGUUUUCACCCUCUCCACCUCAGUCUCAUCAAUAAACAGGGGUCUAUGCGGCUCCUUUUCCCUUGUUCUUGGGUCGAUGAUCAUCUCUUUAGUCUUAUCUGUAUUGAGAAGGAGAUUGUUAUCACGACACCAAGCUAUGAGGUCCAUCACCUCUCUUCUGUAUGAUGUUUCAACACCACCAGUGAUCAGGCCGAUGACUGUAGUGUCAUCCGCAAAUUUAAUGAUGCUUGUGUUGUUCUGGGAGGCCACGCAAUCGUAGGUGAAGAGCGUGUAGAGGAGUGGACUCAGCACACACCCCUGUGGGGUCCCAGUGCUCACAAUUCCUGAGCUGGAUGUGCGAUUGUGGACUCUGACUGACUGGGGCCUGCCUGUUAGAAAGUUAAACACCCAGUUACAGAGGGAGGGUGACAGGCCAAGUGUGAGGAGCUUAUUUGUGAGUUUGUGGGGGCUGACUGUGUUAAAAGCAGAGCUAUAGUCUAUAAAUAGCAUUCUGACAUAUGUGUCCUGGCCCUGUAGGUGAGAAAGGGCUGUGUGGAUGGCAGUGUUGACUGCAUCAUCCGUGGACCGGUUCUGGCGGUAUGCAAACUGUAGAGCAGGGGUCACCAACGUGGUGCCCGCGGGCACCAGGUAGCCCCCCACGGCCACAUGAGGUGCCCGCAAGCCUGCUUUUCAUUCAGGUUUUCAGUUAACAACGUGAGAACACUAGAGAGAAAAGUAUUCUGAAACAUAAAAUGUGAGUUGUGGAUACCAGCAUUUUGUGAAUGUUUUGGUAAAACAAGCAUAUUUGAUCUGUUUGGGUUGAAAUAAGGUAUGAAAAUCUUUUCUACAAAAAUGAGUAGCUCGUGGCCUUAUUCAUUUUCUAAAAGUAGCUCUCGCAAGAAAAAACGUUGGUGACCCCUGCUGUAGAGGGUCCACAGUUGCCGGGAUGCUCUUUUUGAUGUGGGUCAUGACUAUUCUUUCAAAGCACUUCAUAACAAUAGGAGUGAGUGCUAUAGGGCGAUAGUCAUUCAAGCAGGUCACGUUGCUCUUCUUGGGUACGGGCACUAUGGUGGUGGACUUAAAGCAGGUCGGUACAGAUGCUUGUGCUGCUUUUCGUGGGUUUGUUUUGUUUAGAACCCUGCGCACAUCAGCUGAUGUCACCAUGAGAGGUGAGUCCUGUGUGCUCCCCAGGUUCAGCCACCCUCUCUGCUCAUCAGGAGUUUGGGUGUCAAAGCGGGCAUAAAACUCAUUCAACUCAUCAGGAAGUGUGGUUUGGCUGGACGUGGCUACGCUACUCUGCUGUCGAUAGUCUGUGAUGUGCUGGAGCCCCACCCACAUGCGCCGAGGGUCUGAGGUGGAAUAGUAGCCCUCCAGCUUCUGUCUGUACUGUCUUUUGGCCUCCUGUAUGGACCUCCUCAGGUCAUAUCUGGCCUUGUUGUAUGUACUUUAUUUAUCCCACAGCGGGGAAAUUUACUUGUUACAGCAGCAAGACAAGUAAAGAGAACAGUGUAACAAAUCGGUAUCGCCGUUACCUGCCUAAUUUUACUCGAUAUCUGAUCGGAAACAAAAUCAGUGGUAUUGCACAUCAUUAGUUACUAUGUGAAAUCAAUGUGCCCACGAAGGAAGCUCUGCAAAUGCUUCAAAUGACCAAAAUACUAUAAGUAUGACAUGUUAUCAUGAAUCUGCCUCUUUCUACAGGCUCACAACAUGGAUAGAAAACCAUAAAACCUUGUUGGAGCUUUUUGGAGGUGUUUUAAUUGGCAGAAUAGGUGUGUCCCAUUACGUGCAUCCAUUACAUGCCUGGGGUUGUGGAUGAUGGGAAAAUUCCCAAAAAAGUGCACUUUUCCUUUAAGAAGACUGUCCGUUACCUCUUUGGUGUUAUCAGAUUUUGCAACUCCGGAAACAGUUUUCAAAAUCCUAAAAAUGAAAGUGAUUUUUGUGCUGAUGUGUUCUAAUUGCAUGCCAGUGUUUGUGGGGAAGACAUAAAUCUUUGCUACGUCUGCACAGGGAGUCCGGAUGACUUCCAUGCUCCUUUAGAUGAUUCGGCACACUUCAGAGAGGACAGGGCCCCCGAUUGACAGUGAUGUUCCCCACACAAAGGCGUGAAGUGGAGCGGCGUGAAGUGGAGCGGCGUGUCGCUGCGGUCUUGUGCUGCGUUUUUUACACAACAAAGUUAAUGACAAUUGGUCUCGUUUAAUCCCGUGGGACAAACGUUUAUUUACAACAGCGAUAAAACCCCUUCUUUGACAAUCCAGCCUUUUGUUGCUUUGAUCAAUGAAAUUGCGCCCAAUUGCAUUAGGCUUUUUGAACAAGAAUUUAAAAAAAACCCAAAAAAAACUCCAUUCCAGGGUCUCUGCGGGUUUCAACAAGUCAAAUUGAAGGCUUUUUUCACACUUUUUAAAAAAUAGCAUAAUGAAUACAAUUGAAGACCCGUUGCACAUCCAUAUUGGCAAAAAAAACCACAUGAAGGAAAGUGGAUACAUUGUGAGCGGGCUGCAGGGUCUCCAGUUCCACUUUGUAGUUAUGUUACAACGUGCUCAAAAAUUGCAUUUGUUCGAAAUAAAAGUCACAUGAAUACGUUUUAAGAUCUUUCAAAAUCUCAUUCAAGACAUUUUAUGAGAUCUUAUUUUUAGAUGGUGCUCAUGGGAUACAUUUCAGUAAGCGUUUUUAUGACCGUAAAGUCGUUCCUCGACACUGCACCAUGUGAGUUUUGUGGCUUCACUCGAUUACGGUUUUUGCUGUCUUGGUUGACAAUGUCCUUUCUUAGUAGAAAAAACAUUUGCAUAUUUAACUCAAGAUGUAUUUACAGAUGUAUUAACUUACCUACUGUAUGUCCUGUUCUACUGCUGAUUACUAAAGAACGUAAUCUAAUCCGGGACGGGAGUCUAAUGUUUCUUUUGGUAGGUUCCAUGUUUAUGUAGCCACAGAACACAAUAUUCCGUGUGCCUUAAAAGAUCAGUCAAAACAAAAAAUACAAAUAUAAGGCAUUCAGAGGACGCAUUCAAAGACAUAAUAUGUAGUAUUCUACACUGGUCACUAGGUGUCAGUAAUGUUACUGUAGUGACAGGUCUAUUGUGUGGUUCUGAGCUGAGUGUGGGCUAUGGAGGGCAGUGACGUUCGGCACAUUGGGUUAGGGGUAGAGCUAGCUUUUAGGAAAUAAGGCCGUAAAAGACGAGAACUAUUAAGUGUUGAAAUGUUGAUGCUGUGUUUUGAGCAUCUGCCCGUAAGAAAUAGUGCCCUGUGUCUAUUUCAAAAAGGCUGACUAAUUUACCACCAUCCUGACAUAGUGUCAUUCAGCUGCCAUUGCAUUGACGAGAGUAUGUUAUGUCUUGUAUAUGUCUAAUAUGUCUGUUAUGUGCGGCGGGCGCUGGACCCCGA